GGUAGUUCCUACAGAAACUUGUACCAACUUGUUUUUGACUGACAGCGAACAGCGAGAGAGUUUCUUCACUUAGAAAAACCCUGUCUUUCCAAGGCAACCCUGCAUGGACUGAUCAUUUCCUUGCCUGCUCACAGUUUCUCAUCCACCCAGGAGCCUGCACCGGGCACCCUUUGCAGGCCAUAGCAGAGCCCCAUGGUAGCCAGGUGAGUGAAGGGGAGCGAGGACGUUGCCACUUGCCCUGCAGAAGAUUCCUGACCUACAGAGUGAGUGACCAGGUGGUCCAAGGAGCCUGAGGAUGGACGCUGUUCACAUUGGCGUGUCCAGUGCCCCACUGGUGAAACAUUCCAAUGGGGUUGGACUCAAGGCCCACAGACCUCGAGUCAUGUCUAAGAGCGGACACAGCAAUGUGAGGAUUGACAAGGUAGAUGGCAUCUACUUGCUCUACCUUCAGGACUUGUGGACAACGGUCAUCGACAUGAAGUGGCGAUACAAACUCACCCUGUUUGCCGCCACCUUUGUGAUGACCUGGUUUCUGUUUGGAGUGGUCUACUACGCCAUAGCUUUUAUUCACGGCGAUUUAGAACUUGGGGAGUCCAGUUCGAAUCACACACCCUGCAUCAUGAAAGUGGAUUCUCUCACGGGAGCCUUCCUUUUUUCCCUGGAAUCCCAGACAACCAUUGGCUAUGGGGUCCGCUCCAUCACGGAGGAGUGUCCUCAUGCAAUUUUCCUCUUGGUUGCCCAACUGGUCAUCACCACGUUGAUUGAGAUCUUCAUUACCGGGACCUUCCUGGCCAAAAUCGCAAGGCCCAAAAAGCGAGCGGAGACCAUCAAGUUCAGCCACUGUGCUGUGAUCAGCAAGCAGAACGGGAAGCUAUGCUUGGUCAUCCAGGUGGCCAACAUGAGAAAGAGCCUCUUGAUCCAGUGCCAGCUCUCAGGAAAGCUCCUCCAGACUCAUGUCACCAAAGAAGGGGAGCGCAUCCUCCUCAACCAGGCCACCGUCAAAUUCCACGUGGACUCCUCUUCUGAGAGCCCCUUUCUCAUUCUGCCCAUGACCUUCUACCAUGUGUUGGAUGAGAGGAGCCCACUACGGGACCUCACACCCCAGAACCUAAAAGAAAAGGAGUUUGAGCUGGUGGUCCUUCUCAAUGCCACCGUGGAAUCAACCAGCGCUGUUUGCCAGAGCCGAACAUCGUACAUCCCGGAGGAGAUCUACUGGGGCUUUGAGUUUGUGCCUGUGGUCUCUCUCUCCAAAAAUGGAAAGUAUGUGGCUGAUUUCAGUCAAUUCGAGCAGAUCCGGAAGAGCCCGGAUUGUACCUUCUGCUGUGCGGAUUCUGAAAAACAGAAGCUGGAAGAACAGUACAGGCAGGAGGACCAGAGGGAACGGGAGCUGAGGAGCCUCCUGCUACAGCAGAGCAAUGUCUGACUGGCGCCGGCCGGCCUCUGGGAACCUCCGGAGCCAUCCCCUAACCAGCAUAGGUGGACCUGAUACCAAACCACACAGGUACCCAUGGCCCAUAUCCAUUUUUGUUCUGGUGGCUGUACAAGCAUCUGAAAAUAUAAAAGGAUUUCUUCAGAGUGCUUGGUCAGAAGUGAACACUCAAAUUCAGAUUCCCCUCUCCCCUCCAAAAUGGAACUGUAUAUUGAAGAAGUAAGUGUAAACGAUGGAGAGGACUCCUGUUUGGGUGACAGACUUGUAGCAGUGUUGACAGUGAAUGGAAUGUAUGUCUGUAGAACAUCAGCUUAUAAUGCAAAGUAUUUAUUCAACCUACCCAUCAAGGGUGCCAUCGGUGGCCAAGAUCUGAGGCAUGAUUGACUGACUGUUUGCUUCUGUCACUGCUUGAGAAUCUGCUCCUUCUCAUGUUCAAGUAUGUAAGCUGUAUGUGUAAUGAUGACUGAGUGUUGGGGAAGCAGGGUCUUCAGGCUUGAAAAUACAAUCAUUUUGUUU